GCCACUCGCGCAAUGCCGUGAUCCUCAUCCUCUCUCCGAUGGCGGGCGCCGCCACACCCUCUCGAUCCGCCGCGCCCUCUUCGCGGCCGGUGCGCGUCGUCCUGCGCGUGCGCCUGUUCCUACCGUCGGAGGCCACCUCUGCGGCGGUGCUCUGCGUCUCCCUCCUCAACAGCCACCUCGGCGGCGAGGUCACCGUCCAGUUCAUGGGCCAGCACACCAGCCGGGGCGAGCAUUAUAAGCUGGAUGCAUUGUUCAGUCAAGAGGACAACAUCAACCAGAUAUUUGACUGGGGGGUCAGCACAGUGAUCCCCGGCAUAUUCGAGGGGGUCAACGCCACGGUCUUCGCCUACGGGGCAACAGGCAGCGGCAAAACAUAUAUGAUGCAGAAAUGUUCAGAGUUAAGACAUGAGCUUCCGAUGAUUUUUAUCUCCCAGGCUGGUUAUUUUCGUCAAUUAAUAUUGACUUCGUACGACACCGUAUUAAUUGAAGAUUAUGACCUGAGUUCGAAGGUAUUGAAUUUUGCCAAUGCCAGGGCUGGCGUUAGUGCACGCCAGCGUCAAAGCUAAGACCACUCUCUGGUACAGCAAGCAGCACCAGCAUCAUCGCUCGAUUCGCGCCGUCCGCGCAGUAGAGGUCCAACUGCCGGCAAUGACAGCUUGAUCCUCAACUCAGUCCCCUCCGCGUCCUCGCGAACCAGAACAGCAGGCUGUUCCUGCAGUCUGAGCUGCGAUCGGGAAGCGUGAGGUAGUCCGUGAAGAUGGAUAUUGACAAUUUUUGUUCAGUGGUGGGUACUUCCUCGAUUUCUGUCGCACUAUGUUUCGGCUAUUCUGCUCCUUGCGGAAAUAAAAAUAUAUUUUUUUUGCGAAGAGGAUGCACUUAUAUAUUAAAAGGAUGCAAACGGAUCAGUACACCCAACUUUUGCAGAAAGGACCCCAAGGAAUAAGAAAAUUACAACCAAAUCCCUACUUCUACUGUAGAUCUUCCACAUCCAGCCCGGCCAUCGAUCCCCAUCUGUUCGCCAAACCGCGCGCACAAGCUGCAAUCCUCCACCAUGAAUCCCCGAAACGAAGGUGCAAACAAUGGAAAGCUGCAGCACAUCCUCCGUAACCGCCCAUCAGCUGUCGAGCCUUUCGAGAUGGUCUUGACACGCGCCUUCUCUUGCCCAGCGGCUUGCACACGCAGGACCAGCAGCAACAAGAAGGGGAAGAACAGACUGUAGUCGAAGAAGAAGAAGAGCCCCGAUUCAACUCCAUCUGAAUCCCGACGAGGAGCUUCAGAUCCGAGUUGAACGAGCCCCACAGAUCCGCCACCGCCACCGGAGCACAUGACGGCGAGGUGGACGGAG